AUGGAUCUAGAACCAGGGAGGUGUAGAAGAACCGAUGGGAAAAAAUGGAGGUGCCGCCUAGCGGUGCUUCCUGAUCAGAAAUACUGUGAGCGCCACAUACACAGAGGCUGCUUACGUUCAAGAAAGCCUGUGGAAGAUCAUAUGUCAAAAUCAACCAAGAAAAUUACCGUUUCGCCCCUGAAAUCCACCAUCAAUCUUGCAAAAAAUGAUGCUAGAAAGGAUAAAAGUGUUUGUAUCGAGGAUCAUAAUUGUAGCUUCAAAAUCAAGAAAAGGAGUAGGGAAGAUGAUGCUCGGGUGCCUCUUGAAUUUAGCUUCUCCCCAAAAAGUGUUCUUCAAAAUGAUAAUGCUCAACAUUCUGGCAACUCAAGAAACAAUCAUAAUAACCAUAAUCUUGUUGUAGUACCUGAAUCUGCAAGAUGCAGAAGAACAGAUGGGAAAAACUGGAGGUGCACCAAAAUUACACUCCAGGGGCAAAAAUACUGUGCACAACACAUGCAUCGUGGGGUUAAAAAGGUCCAAAAUUCCAACACCAGUCUUUCGUUUUCUGUUGGGGCAAGUUAUGUACAAAAGGGUAGUUCUGUAAAUCAAUCAAAUGAGUCUAGCAAUAGUGGUGAUGAUGAUGGACGUGAUCCAAAUGGUGCAACUAACAGCAGUAGUAGUGAUGCCACCACAAUCUCUAUGUAAUGACUCUGUAACUCUGUGUUUGUAGUGUUUUAAGUUGUCUUUCUAUCGAACCCUUUUGUGGGUUUUCAAUAAUUUGGUCAAAUGUUGGACAAAUUUUUGUAUGUUUCUAGUUUGUUAACUGAAUUGAACGUUUGACCUUUGUGUUUCAACUAGUGUUGUUUUGUAUUAAGGUCAUUUUGCUAUUCUUUUUUUUCCUUUGUAGAAAAUGGAAUCAUAAUAGAAAUCUAACUCGUUU